GAAACCUAAAAAUCUGCCUCCAUCCAACCUGCCAAAGCUUGAGAGGUGAAGAGGUGAGGAGAAGAAUGGCAGAUAAUUUCCAAAUGCUGAGGAUAAGCAAAGAGGGAUUUGCCUCAGACGCAACAAGUGUAUAUCUCCUUCCUGCAUAGUCACAGCGUGUGUCAGGAUGUACAGCUUUAUGGGCGGCGGCCUGUUCUGUGCCAUUAUUGGGAACAUCCUAAUAGUGGUCUCCACAGCGACAGACUAUUGGAUGCAGUAUCGCCUCUCAGGCAGCUAUGCCCACCAGGGCCUGUGGAGGUACUGCAUGGCCAACAAGUGCUACAUGCAGACAGCAAGUAUAGCAUACUGGAAUGCCACACGAGCAUUCAUGAUCCUAUCGGGAAUGGCGUGCUUUGCGGGCAUCAUGGCAGGCAUCCUCUCAUUUGCCCAUUUUUCUGCCUUUGAGAGAUUCAGUCGUUCCUUUGCAGCAGGAAUCAUGUUUUUCAUCUCCACUUUGUUUGUGCUGCUGGCUAUGUCGAUCUACACUGGCGUAACCCUAAGCUUCCUGGGCAAGCGGUUCGGAGACUGGCGCUUCUCCUGGUCCUACAUACUGGGAUGGGUGGCCAUGCUCAUGACCUUCUUUGCAGGGAUAUUCUACAUGUGUGCCCACAGAAUGUAUGAAUCCAGGAGAGUGGUUGGAAGUCGCUAACCUAAAGAAGGAAAAACUGCAAGCAGCAGAAGGUUUUGGCUCAGAAAUCAUCAGGAACUUC